ACGCUACCCGGGCAUCAUCAAUCCUUACCAGAGCAAGUUGGCGACAGCUGCUGGAUCGAUUGAUGCCGCUAUUGGGCACAUGUACGUCGGCCGGUUUGCGAAGCCGGUGGAAAUGGACACGGAGAAAAGGAUAAACCAGUGGGUCGAGCGGGUCACGCGCCCGCUACUGCCCGAGUUCACUGCGACCGACGAGCGCGAGUUCGAGGACCGGGUAGACCAAGUCGCCCAGAUAAUCGCGCAGCAGUCGCUGGAGACGCAUGAGCCCUCCCUGGUCACGAUCCUCCUCGGCGCGCUGCCCGCCCACCUGAAGCACAUAACCGCGCUCCUUACGGAUGAAGAGACGCAGGUGGCCGAGGCCUUCCUGUCCAAGGUAGCCCGGACGUUGUUCCCGUUCAGCACCUACGCUGACGACCACUUCGCGGAAACCCUCAACUUUGCCCCCUCGGAUCUCCCGCAACUCCCCAUCAAGCUGAGAGCUGGGCUCUAUCGCCUAGUGCGGCUGAUGGCACGCUGGGAGCACUACCCGCAGCUGACGGCGAAGACCCUACGAGGCAGGAUCCUCAGUGCUAACUCCGAGGCGUACUGCCGUAGGUUCAGGGAUACGGAACGCGGCAGGCCCCUCCUGGAGGUCCUCACGGAACUGCACGGCAACGCGAAGCGGUCGGGCAUACCUGUGUUCGCCACGGCAGGCGACCAGGGCAUGACCGGCGAGGAACAAGAGGAAGGGGAGGUGGCGACGUCGCCCUGCUGCGGCGUGUGCGACGGGGCGCACUACGCCAAGCACUGCCCGUACAAGGAGUACACCUGCCACAACUGCGGCGUAAGAGGGCACUUCGCGCGAAAGUGCAGGGUGCGCUUCAUAUCCGACGCCUACGGGCGACCUGCACACCGCGUCGAGACCAAUAGGAGCGGUAGGUUCCAAGUGAAGGUCGGGGGCGACAAGACCCCUUGUAUCCCAUCGCUUCGUGUCCGAGAACUUCUUGCUAGCGUAUUCUAUGGGGACUUCCUUCCCCUCCUGGACUUGCAUCAAGGUAGCUCUUGCACCUAUCUGUGA